AUGAUGGAUCGGAACAAGCGCAACUCCAUUGCCGGCUUCCCCUCCAUGAGGCCUGACCGUCUCGAUGACCUGGAUGGUGGAGGAGAAUGGGCCCCGUCUCAGGUGGGAAGAGUGUGCCCCUCGUCCUACCGUGCCCUCAUCAGUGCCUUCUCCUGCCUGACGCGCCUUGAUGACUUCAUUUGCGAGUGGAUCGGCUCUGGCUUCUUCUCAGAGGUCUACAGGGUGAGUUUGUAAUGUUUGACCUGAAAUGCAAGAGGUUUAUGCCUGGUAGGUGUGGUUGUCUGAGGACAGCUAAUUAAUUCAUAUCAACACACAGUCACCUCCAAAAUGAUUGGUACCCUUGAUAAAGAUGAUAAAAAAGACUAUAAAAUAAAUAACGCAAAUACCGAGCUAUGUUGUAUGCUAAUAAAAGAAAAGGGGAAAUAAUAUUAUUUUAUAUGAAUUCAAUUGCUCAGAGAAAGAGAUUUUGUACAACAAAAAAAUCUAAAAGAUUAUUGGCAUCCCUAAAGAUUAUUAUAAAAACAAUCAAACAAUGUUAAAUCUGCAUUAACAUUCUACUUUUUUAAGUAAACCUAAGCUUAACCCAGUAAGACCUACAGUUGCAAAAAUGCAACAUGUCCUAAAUUGCAUCCUGUAUCGGUCCUAAAAUAAAACAAAUAAUGUCAAACAAUACAUAGGCUGUUUGCACAGGCAGACACCUUUAUUUUUAUAUUUUUUCACUAAUUGGUCUUUUGACCAAUCAGAUAAACUCUGAAAAAGAUCUGAUGUGAAAAGAUCUGAUAUGAUUGGUCAAAAGACGAAUUAGUAGAAAAAAUGGGCUGAAAAUUCGAAAUUUGGUUGUGCAUCAGCAGUUUUUCUCUUAUGUCAGUCACUUAGCCCAUGUCAGCAACAACAACAAAAUUAGAUUGGUAAAUUAGUCUAGCCAGCCAUCUAAACUUGUAGUAAUCAUGGUAAAAUUAUUGACCGGGGGGCAAAUAGAUUUAUUAGUCACUCUCACUCAGAUAUCAUAUAAAAAAACUGCAAACAUUUCUCUCCGCCCCAUUGGCUAAAUGUGUAGAAUUGCAGCAAACUUGCUUUAAAACUGUCACAUUGUCUCUAAGCCCAUGGCAAAAUGUGUAGAAUUGCAGGAAAUCAACUCUAAAACCUUGCAACAACAUUUCCCUUAGGACCCCCAACAGGCUAGGGCUGGCUCAGACUGCAUGUGUGUGUAUGGAUGUGGGUACGCAGACCCGCGAGCCACUGCAGCCCUUGAUGAUGAGUUCAAAUUUUUUGUGGCCCCCACCCCCAUCAAAGCUGCCCAUCCCUGCUGUAAAGCAAUGGUGUGUCAUUUCAUUGCACCUAUCCGGUGUGUGACAGACACACACCGGAUUACUUAGAAACCUAUGAUCUCAUACACUGAGUUCAGCCCUCAUUCUAUUAUUAAACAUGUUAGUGGUGCGCAAUACAGUUAGCUAAUACAUUGACUUCUGUGCAGAGUAGGAAAACCCUGCACCUCCCUCCAAACCACCCAGAUAUGUUAUGUUAUGGACCAGCCCCCAUUGAGGUCAGACAGGCCCUUAGAGCAUGCAGAUACUCAUGUGGCCUCUCCCUAUUACAUUGAUCCAUUCUCUCACAAUAGACUGAUUUGGGACGUGCGAAAAGCCCUUCUAUAUUUCCAUGUCGUUGUGGUUACGACUCGGAGAGCUCCCUCUGAAGAGGUUUAUUGAUGGGACUGGUAGUUAGGCUACAAUGGCUCUCGGGUAAGUGCUGUAUCGUCAAUUACACUAACUCAACCGGACAGUUGGUACUUGCACAGAUAUGGCUGUUGAAGUCUGAUGUUCAAGUCCUUAACUUGACCUCAAAACAUCAGUAAACUGCCUACAUUCACUUUUGUUGUAACUCACGUUUUCAUUUCCUCCACCCUUUCAAUACAGCCCUGCCUACUGAAGUCAGUCUGAGUAUUCUAUUUUUGCUUGCACAAGUACCACAAUAAUGUCAGCACCCACCCAUGUCCCUGUCUUGCAUCUUAGUCAUACAUACAGAUGGAACUGAAAUAGAAUGCUGAGCAGUUUGCAUAUCUAAUAGGAAAUGAUAACCUCGUUUUUAAUUGAAAGAAGUGAAGGUGUUGCUAGGUCUUGAGCCAUGCUUCACAGUGUAGGCUAAUGCCUGCCUCUGAGCAUGGCCACAGCAGUCUGCCUUGGGACCGCUCAUUCACUGCUCAUUGAAUUCAAAGGGUUAAUGCACACCACUCACACAGGACCAAUCACUGACUUGGUGGGGGAAGGGCAACAUAUAGACUCCUGCCCCAGUCUGUCUGAGGGGAAGUAAUUACACAAUGUAUUUUAGGGAUGGAAUGCCCAUCCAACCUCAACAUGACUGGGGCCUGCUGCCCUACAAGUAUUCCUCCUGUUGAACAUAUGCUAAAUAAAUAGCUUCCUCCAUUCACCCGAACGCUCACCCAUGUUUUAAACGUUGUUGUUUGAUCCUUGGGGCCAUUAUAUUGUUAUAGCUUCAGCUGUUUCCAGUCUUUUCCACUCGAGAUGCAAUGAGGCCAGAAACUGGCUCAAGUGAUGACUUCGGCUUUAUUAGUGCAACGAUAUUUACCCUCAUUGCUUGUCAGUUGUUUGAUUUGUCUCACUGACGACAUUGAAUACUUGCGUCUGUAAGUGCUUAAUGGAGUUCCAUAUCUGUCUAAGCAAGGGGACUAUUGAUCUACAUUGCUUUGAAAAUGCAUGAAAUCAAUGGAAUGAGCUGUUUCUUAGACUGUGUCAUGUUAACAUGGCUAGGUAUUGAGGAGUAGCUGGAGAGACAGAUUGGAGCUGCAGGGUUUUGCUGGGGCAGCCUAUGGGUCUUUUUAAGCCAGGCUGUUCUCUUUUCUCUCCUGGUGGGGAAGGAGAGUGUGUGUGUGUGGGGUGGGGGGGGGGGGGGGGGGGGUUCUAGAGAAGACCAUCUGCUGCCUGCUCCUCUCCUACAGGGAAGAGGAAGACUAGCUCCUCCUUUGUACUUGAACUUCAAGAGUGGCUAAAGAAGCAUUAGUCACAGGAGAGACUCAUCCAAAUGCUAUAUAAGGCCUAGAUCGUUCCGCUUCCUUUUUCUGUACCUCAAACCUUUUAUCUCCUCUCUCCAACUGUGUUGAUAUACCACUAAUAUCUAUAGGAAAGGGGGAUCAUAGUCAUUAAGAAAAGAACUGAAAGUAUAACUAUAUGCAUUGUAUCUGUUAUUGUACUUGCAGACUUUGACCUGAGUGGAUCGAUUUAGUAUAUUCUUAGUCACUGUUGGUUUCAAUGUCUUAAUAUUUCAGCUGGAGGAAGUGAGCAGUAGCAGAUGAAGCUCACCAUUUUCUCACCCUGAUGCAUAACUUCCUGUGGUUAUGGCCCUCUGAGAAAGCAAAUCGAUCCAACCUUAAGCUUAGGGAUAUACAGAGAGACUUCUGUAUUGUUAUAGGUGUUAGUCUAUGUAUUCUCUGCCAAAGCAUAGCCUACAUUUCCUUAGCCUCAGCUCACUGUUCUUUCUAGUGCACCACUGUGGAAUACAAUCAGCCACACAUCUUUGAUCACAUCAGAGAUAAUGCUGCAAGGAAGGCAAGUGACAGUAGAAAGGCCUGCUGACUCCAUGUACAGUUGAAGUCGGAAGUUUACAUACACUUAGGUUGGAGUCAUUAAAAAUUGUUUUUCAACCACUCCAGAAAUUUCUUGUUAACAAACUAUAGUUUUGGCAAGUCAGUUAGGACAUCUACUUUGUGCAUGACACAAGUAAUUUUUCCAACAAUUGUUUACAGACAGAUUAUUUCACUUAUAUUUCACUGUAUCACAAUUCCAGUGGAUCAGAAGUUUACAUACACUAAGUUGACUGUGCCUUUUAAACAGCUUGGAAAAUUCCAGAAAAUGAUGUCAUGGCUUUAGAAGCUUCUGAUAAGCUAAUUGACAUAAUUUGAGUCAAUUGGAGGUGUACCUGUGGAUGUAUUUCAAGGCCUUCCUUCAAACUCAGUGCCUCUUUGCUUGACAUCAUGGGAAAAUCAAAAUAAAUCAGCCAAGACCUCAGAAUUUUUUUUUGUAGACCUACACAAAUCCUGUUCAUCCUUGGGAGCAAUUUCCAAACGCCUGAAGGUACCACGUUCAUCUGUACAAACAAUAGUAUAGUACGCAAGUAUAAAUACCAUGGGACCACGUAGCCGUCAUACCGCUUAGGAAGGAGACUCAUUCUGUCUCCUAGAGAUGAACGUACUUUGGUUCCAAAAGUGCAAAUCAAUCCCAGAACAACAACAAAGGACCUUGUGAAGAUGCUGGAGGAAAGAGGUACAAAAGUAUCUAUAUCCACGGUAAAACAAGUCCUAUAUCGAUAUAACCUGAAAGGCCGCUCAGCAAUGAAGAAGACACUGCUCCAAAACCGCCAUAAAAAAGCCAGACUACGGUUUGCAACUGCACAUGGGGACAAAGAUCAUACUUUUUGGAGAAAUGUGCUCUGGUCUGAUGAAACAAAAAUAGAACUGUUUGGCCAUAAUGACCAUUGUUAUGUUUGGAGGAAAAAGGGGGACAAUUGCAAGCCGAAGAACACCAUCCCAACCGUGAAGCACGGGGGUGGCAGCAUCAUGCUGUGGGGGUGCUUUGCUGCAGGAGGGACUGGUGCACUUCACGAAAUAGAUGGCAUCAUGAGGAAGGAAAAUUAUGUGGAUAUAUUGAAGCAACAUCUCAAGACAUCAGUCAGGAAGUUAAAGCUUGGUCGCAAAUGGGUCUUCCAAAUGGACAAUGACCCCAAGCAUACUUCCAAAGUUGUGGCCAAAUGGCUUCAAUCCUAUAGAACAUUUGUGGGCAGAACUGAAACAGCGUGUGCGAGCAAGGAGGCCUACAAACCUAACUCAGUUACACCAACUCUGUCAGGAGGAAUGGGCCAAAAUUCACCCAACUUAUUGUGGGAAGCUUGUGGAAGGCUACCGGAAACGUUUGACCCAAGUUAAACAAUUUAAAGGUAAUGCUACCAAAUACUAAUUGAGUGUAUGUAAACUUCUGACCCACUGGGAAUGUGAUGAAAGAAAUAAAAGCUGAAAUAAAUCAUUCUCUCUACUAUUAUUCUGACAUUUCACAUUCUUAAAAUAAAGUGGUGAUCCUAACUGACCUGACCUAAGACAGGGAAUUUUUACUAGGAUUAAAUGUCAGGAAUUAUGAAAAACUGAGUUUAAAUGUAUUUGGCUAAGGUGUAUGUAAACUUCCGACUUCAACUGUAGCUAUGGUUCUGGAAAGAUACGUCUUGAUUCAUUUUGCUGCAGGGGUAGAGCAAGCCAUGCUCCAUGAUCUUGGAAUAUUGAUCAUGUUUAGAGAAAAGUGUCCCCAUGAGAAGGGAAUAUUGGCUAAGGGAACUGUAUGGUUAUAGAGAAGUGUUCAUUUUCAGUGUAACUGCCUAGAUAUCGCCUAAAUGACCGGAUUGUUGUGUUUGUUGUAGGUGCAACACAGAGUGUCGGGCCAGGUGAUGGCUCUGAAGAUGAACAAACUGAGCAGUAAUCGAGCCAACAUGCUGAGAGAGGUCCAACUGAUGAACAGACUGUCCCAUCCUAAUAUCCUCCGGUGA